AACUGACAUGACUGGGAACGCUUCUAGUGAUAAGGAGCCGCGCAUAGAGGAGUUUUCCGUACUUUAGGAAGUAUUUUGUCUUUUUCUCAUUGUUGCGACGUGCGUUGUUUCAGCCAAUGUUGCGCUUGUCAAACUUCUCGAGACUCAGUUUCUGAAAGACUGAGAACCAGCUUUACUUAAAGGCAAUUGUUGUCUGUUCUUUAACGGAUUAUAUGCAUUUCAAUAUAGGAACGAUGAGAUACUCUCGCACUGGGCAGAAGUAAAUGCUUCACUGUCAUGGAAUGUGGAAGCGCGAGCACUGAAUUUUUUUUAAAAAUUUCCCUAAAUGCAUUUACAGCCUCCAAGGAUGAUGCUGAUUGUUCUACCAAACUUUUGCACUUUUUUGCGGUGAGCAUAAAAAUUCUAAACUGUUAUUUAUUUAUUUUUUUUUAUUUUUUUUUAAGUAAGUUAAAUCUUAACUUCGCAUCUUAAUCGCAUUACACUUUACUGGAUUUGAUCUACUGGCGUAAGUUUCACUAAAGACUUCAAACAUGAGGGGAACGGACAUGCUUGUUUUCACAGUUUUGUGUCUGUUGACAUGGUCGGUAUACGUGUCAGAGAGCAGCCCGACCGAUAAACAAGCCAAACUCAGGCUGACGUCCAUAAGAGGAGCAAGACUCAACAAUUCAAGACAGAGUCAGAUCAUUAGAACAGGAGCAGGUUCAUGGAUCAGUGACCGACCCGAACAAAUACUGGGAGAUGAGGGCAUAAACGUUACCAGGAACGGACACUCCAGAAAGGUCUUGGCACAAAGAAGACCAGCGCAGGGUGGGUCUAGGAAUCCAAUUCAGCAUGAUGAUGGAACACCUGGAGCCAGGGCCAGAGUAUUCCGUAUGCCAAGCAACACUGGUUCUCCAAGUUUAUUGGCCUCAUUUGCUGGGAAGAACCGCCUGCUGGUCAUUUCAGCACCUCAUGACUCUGAAGGCUACUACAGAUUGAUGAUGAGCCUUCUCAAACCGGAGGUUUACUGUGAGAUGGCAGAGCGCCACAUGCAUCAGAUUGUGAUAUUUCACCAGGAAGGGGAGAUGGGUGGCAAAAUCCGACGCAUUACUAAUGAAGGUAAAGUGAUGGAAGAGCCUUUAGAUACAGCCCUCAUUCCCAGGCUCAUGAACUUCCUUAAAUUAGAGAAAGGGAAGUUUGGAAUGGUCCUUCUUAAAAAGACCCUACAGGUGGAGGAGCGCUACCCAUAUCCUGUCAGACUGGAGGCCAUGUACGAAGUUAUCGACCAGUCGCCCAUGCGCAAAAUGGAGAAAGUACGGCAAAAAGGCUUUGUGCAGAAGUGUAAAGGGGCUGGGGUGGAGGGUCAGGUGGUUGAGGGGGUCCUCAGCAUCGGCCCCCAGGUUGAUUCACCAAUGGAUAGGAGACCAGAGAGAAAAGAGGUGAGGAAACCCAUCCGGAGACCACCUCAGGCGACAACUACAACUACACCAACUCUAACGAGACCAACAACCACUACCACCACCACAACUACCAAAGCAACUACCACCACCACAAGGCCCACAACUACAACCCACUCCACCACAACAACAACAACAAAACGGUCUGCCACAACCACUACACGGGCCACCACCACCACUCAGAGCACCACGAGAGUUCACAAGACCACUAAUGAGCCCUACUAUUACAACCAUAAGGACAGAUACAAGACCAAAAGCACCACCUCACCCACCACUAUUCCUGUUUAUUAUAGCAAGGCAGACACAGGAAAAUAUGGCGAUAACCGUACAGACAAAAAGGAAUAUGGUCGCAAACACACCAAUGUCAUACCUACACAACACAAGCCUUCUAAAGUUAAGCCAUCCAAGAAAAAGAAUGGCAAUAAGGGAAUUAGUAAUGCUUAUGAGGAUAAAUACGAUGUAGGAGAACCCACCGAUGGUUAUCCUGAAAAGAAGGAAGAGAUUGUCCCCACCAAGAAAGGUAAGGGCAGGCAGGACAAGACUGAUAAAAAGAAGAAAAAGGACAAGACCGACAAGUUGUCAAAGAAGGACAAGGCAGAGAGGAGGGGAAAGGAUGGAAAAGGGGGAAAGAAAAAUGGUAAGAAAAUUUUAAAGACCCCUGAGAAAGAAGAGUAUCCGAAACCAACAAAGAGACCAUUACCGUCACCACCCAAAAGAACUCUGGCAACCUUUUUGGACUAUUUUGAAAGCAGAAGGAGACUAAUUUUGAUUACUGUUCCAACGGAGGAAAACAACAUGUAUGUUCAGCAGAGGGAUGAAUACCUGGAACAUGUGUGCGAGAUGGCCAUCAGGAAGAUUUCCAUUAUCACCAUCUUCGGCACCCUGACAAACAGCACCAUGAAGAUAGAUCAUUACCAACUUGAGAAUGACAAACCCAUGAAAGGUCUGAAACAGGAGGAUUUGGAGAACCAGUAUCUCAUCACAGAACUGAGGAAAGACUUUGGAAUGACCUAUAAUGAUUUCUUUAUGGUUCUUACAGAUCUGGACAUGAAAAGAAAGCAAUACUAUGAAGUGCCAAUUGCAAUGAAAGCUGUGUUUGACUAUGUCGACACGUUUUUCUCACGCAUCAGAGAAAUGGAACAACAGAAACGUGAUGGAGUGACUUGUAAGAAAGAAGACAAGCCAAGAUCAUUAGAGAACUUCCUUUCCAGGUUUCGUUGGAGACGGAGGUUGUUUGUCAUAUCUGCACCAGACGAUGAGGAAUGGGCAUAUCAGCAACAGCUCUAUGCAUUGACCAGCCAGGCAUGCAAUCUAGGUCUUCGCCAUGUGUCAAUUCUGAAGCUAGUAGGGACAGAGCUGGCAGACAUGGGUGGAGUGUUGGAACUUUACCCCAUCAAUGGAACUGCAACAGUGGAGCGUGAAGGAAUAUCUGCAACUCUAGUGAGGGACAUCAGAAACUAUUUCCAGAUCAGCCCUGAGUACUUCUCCAUGCUGUUGGUGGGGAAAGACGGAAACGUCAAGUCCUGGUACCCGUCCCCCAUGUGGUCCAUGGCCAUCAUCUAUGACCUGAUCGACUCUAUGCAGCUCCGCAGACAGGAAAUGGCCAUCCAGCAGUCUCUAGGCAUGCGCUGCCCGGAAGAUGAGUACGGUGGCUAUGGUUACCACCACGGUUACCAUGAGGGUUACCAGGAUGGCUAUCAUCAGGGUUAUUAGGGCUAACCUGUGAUCCCUGCAAAAGGUUUUACAGUUUCCAUAAAACAGUUUCAUGGUAAGAGAUAACUCCCAAAACUUUUACCUGGUUUUAUAAUAAUCACACACAGCUGUCCUUCUUUAAAGAUGCCUGUCCUCUGCGAUAGGUCUAAGAUCUCUUUCACAUCUAUGGACAUAAACUUUUGUAGAUAAAAGACGUUAACAAAAAGUUUUUAUUUAUUGGAUGUUUUCUCUAUACAAAGUGAUUGUUUUUAAAAGUCACAUCCUGCUUUUCUUUAUGAAACCACGGUUUUGUUUUUCUUUGUUGUAAAGAGCACUGUUGCCAUAUGGUGUAUGUCUUAUUUAUAAAUGUAAAAGUUGUGCUUAAAUUUCAGUAAAGAUAUAUUAUCAUG